CACUAUAAAUAAACAAACACCAUUAACAACAAGGACUCACAACUUGUUCCUUUGCUUUACAAUACAAACUUAUUCAACAAUUUUCACUUUGUUUAUUGCAAUCUGUGUUAAUCAUGUCGAGUACUGCUGGUCAAGUCAUCAAAUGCAAAGCUGCUGUUGCAUGGGAGGCUGGGAAGCCGCUGGUGAUUGAAGAAGUAGAGGUGGCGCCACCACAGGCCGGUGAAGUUCGUCUCAAGAUUCUCUUCACCUCCCUUUGCCACACUGAUGUUUACUUCUGGGAAGCUAAGGGUCAAACUCCAUUGUUUCCUCGUAUUUUUGGUCAUGAAGCUGGAGGGAUUGUGGAGAGCGUAGGUGAGGGUGUGACCCAUCUUAAACCAGGAGAUCAAGCCCUGCCAGUAUUCACAGGGGAAUGUGGGGAUUGUCCACAUUGCAAGUCAGAGGAAAGCAACAUGUGUGAUCUUCUUAGGAUCAACACUGACAGAGGUGUCAUGCUCAAUGACAACAAAUCUAGAUUCUCUAUAAACGGACAGCCAAUUAAUCAUUUCGUCGGUACCUCUACAUUCAGUGAGUACACUGUGGUUCAUGCUGGUUGUGUUGCAAAGAUCAACCCUGAUGCACCACUUGACAAAGUCUGCAUUCUCAGUUGUGGAAUCUGCACAGGUCUUGGAGCUACUGUGAAUGUUGCAAAACCAAAACCAGGCUCUUCUGUUGCUAUCUUUGGACUUGGUGCUGUUGGCCUUGCUGCUGCUGAAGGGGCAAGAAUUUCUGGUGCAUCAAGAAUCAUUGGAGUUGAUUUAGUCUCCAGCCGAUUUGAAUUAGCUAAGAAGUUUGGAGUGAAUGAGUUCGUGAACCCGAAAGAUCACGAUAAACCUGUACAACAGGUUAUUGCUGAAUUGACUAAUGGAGGCGUAGAUCGCGCUGUUGAAUGUACUGGUAGCUACCAAGCUAUGAUCUCAGCAUUUGAAUGUGUACAUGAUGGUUGGGGUACUGCGGUACUAGUUGGAGUUCCAAACAAAGAUGAUGCAUUCAAAACUCAUCCUAUGAAUUUCUUGAAUGAGAGGACUCUUAAGGGAACUUUCUAUGGCAACUACAAACCUCGCACUGAUCUUCCUAAUGUUGUUGAGAAGUACAUGAAAGGGGAGCUGGAACUUGAGAAAUUCAUUACUCACACUGUACCAUUCUCAGAGAUUAACAAAGCUUUUGAUUACAUGCUGAAAGGGGAGUCUAUUAGGUGUAUCAUAAGAAUGGAGGAAUAAAAUUCUAAAACAUUGUUGAAACAGUCUCUACCAGGGGACUGAAUUUUCUAUUUGGAUGUUGAAAAUAAUAAAUAAUGGAAUUGUUGUAUAUUCCAUUUCGGUUUAAUGAAUUUGUGACACUUUUGAGGUUUUGUUAUCUUCAUUUUUUGUAAUAUUUUAUCUUCUUCCAUUAUAUCUUCUUUGGGCUCUUUGCCCCUUUAGUCAAA